CUCUGCCGUGUUGUUGUCCGCUCUCUGCUCAGUCAGACGCCUCUCUCCCCCAGGAUGUCUCUGUUUGAAACCCCGUUGUCCUGCGGGGUCCGGGCCCUCUCCGUGUCGGUGUCGGAGGUGCUGGUCCGAGUCGGGGAGGACAUCCUGGGGCUGCUGGAGCGGAGGACCGGCAGCUGCGGGUCCGGAGGAGCCACAGGCCGCCUGCUCCGGGUGCUCCGGCCCCUGCUCACUGAGCGGCUGGCGGCAGCGGCGCACCGCAUCAUCGGGCUCCUGGAGCGGGAGCUGGAGGAGAGCCGGCGGCAGCUGGAGCGCCAGAGCCGGCUACUGGAAGCCGUCCUGAGCCCGGUGGUCCGAUUGCCCCGGGCCGACUCCAUCUGUCGAUCAGAUGAAAUCCGGCCAAUCCCGUCUGAUUGUAGCCCCGCCCAUAUAUCUGAAACCCCACCCAUCCCUACCUCAUUUUCUCCAGCUGAGACUGAUGAUGACUGGAGAGGCAGCGAAGACUCAAACAGUGAUAAACAGACCAUCAGACUGAGGAUAAGGGCCAGAGACAUGAAGAAGCCGGUGGUGGGGGUGGUUGAGUCUCACCGCUGUGUCAUCUGUGGGAAAGGUUUCAGACAUAAAAGGAAUCUGGUGAAACAUGUGGAGACGCACUGCGACAACCUGAACUGCCUAUGUGGAGUUUGUGGAGAAGACUCUGAAACCUCUCAUGAUUUGGUCCAGCAUCUGCACUUGCACAGAGAAAUGGUGAGCGGUGGCACAUGUGACAUCUGCGGGAAGAUGUUUCAGAACAUGGAGACUCACAUGAGGAGUCACACAGGAGUCAAACCGUACACCUGCGACAUCUGCAACAAAAGCUUCCCCCGACCAGGAGCCCUGAGGAGGCACCAGAAAAUUCACAGCAGGACUGAGGAGAACCGGGACCAGAGCCAGGACCAUGUCCAGGCCCUUCAACUAGAAACUCAUAAAGAAGUUGGAGAGGCAAACCGGUUUGAGGGAGAUCAAUGCAACACUGUUGACCCAAAAUCAGACACAGAUGGCAGACUGAGUAGUCAGAGGUCUAUGUGUUGUCGAGUCUGUGGAGACUCAUUCCACAGUAAAGGUUUCCUGAGGAAACAUGCUGAGAUGCACCUCAGUUCGUCUCCAAGCAUCUGUGGGGUCUGUGGUCAGCAGGUGGACUCUGCAGACCGUCUGCUGACCCACCUCCAGUCUCACAGAGUGAGUGGUGGCAUUUGCUCCAUCUGUGGAAAACGCUUCCAGAACAUGGAGACACACAUGAGGAGCCACACAGGCGUCAAACCAUACCGAUGUGUCAUUUGCGCCAAACGUUUUCCCCGACCUGGAGCACUCAGGAGGCACAAGAAGAUCCACACAGGAGAACGACCGCAUGUCUGCCAGCGCUGCGGGAAGGCAUUCAUUGAGAGCAGUGCACUGAAGAUGCACAGAUGCAGUCACACCUCUGAUGAACCAACACAUGGUCAGACCAAAGAACCAAACUGUCAGACAUCAAAUGAGACAAACUGUGAAACUGAAAAGACAAUCUGUGAGACCACAGAGAACAUAAACUGUCAGACUGCCAUAGAGAAGGUGGCUCAUGGCUGUAAAGUCUGUGGUGAAUUGUUUCCAUCAAAGGCUGGUUUGAGGAAACAUGCGGAGAGUCACUCAUCGGGGACGGAUUCUAUCUGUGGCGUCUGUGGAGAACAUUUGGCGACAUCUGAAUCACUGAUGGAGCAUCUGGACACUCACAGAGACACAGGCAAAAUCUGCCACAUCUGUGGUAAAACAUACCAGAACAUUGAAACGCAUAUGAGGAGCCACACGGGCAUCAAACCAUAUCGCUGCAAUGUCUGUGGUAAAACCUUCCCACGGCCCGGUGCCUUGCGGCGGCACCGGAGGAUCCACAGUGGAGAGCGGCCGUACAUCUGCGAGUUCUGUGGGAAGACAUUUGUGGAUAACAGCGCACUGACGACGCACAUCCGAAAGCACACCGGAGACAAACCGGCCAGUCGGGUGCCCUGUGAGGUGUGUGGGAAGAGUCUGGCAUCAGUGCAUGUCCUGGAGGUCCACAGGAGGAUCCACACUGGAGAGAAACCGUUCGAGUGCCAGCUGUGUGGGAGGGCCUUCAGACAGGUGGGAGGGCUGAACGCCCACAUGUUGACGCACACUGGCGAGAAACCAUAUGGCUGCAGCAUUUGCGGGAAGAGCUUCAGCACCAAAGGUUACCUGGAAACGCACCUGCGCUUCCACCGCAAGGAGCGUGCAUUUAGCUGCCACCUCUGCUGGAAGGCCUUCGUCACCAAGAACGACCUGAAGAAGCACCUGCUGACGCACAGCGGAGAGAAGCCAUUCAGUUGUCGAGUCUGCGGCAAGAGCUACCAGGAGAAACGCUCCAGAGACGUACACAUGAAGGUACACUCCAAUGAGCCAAUCAGGAGGCAGGAUGGUGACAAGCCAGUCAGGAGGGAGGAGGAUCUGCAGUGUGACCUCACGCAGCUGUGAAACUUGAACUGAAUGACUCUAAAGUGGACAUAAAUCACUGGACAAUAUCACUGGGGGUUGUUUGAUUCUUACCUUGAAUAAAUGUGGCAGUGAUGUAAAAGUUAUUAUUCAUCUGGAUUAAUUAAAACACUAGAGUGUAUUUCACUUUGUCUCCACCAGGGGACAGCCAUGUUUGAAAUUUACUAUUUUGAAAAAGUUAAUUUCUUGAGGUGAAACAUCAAAUAAUGCUCUGUUAUUCUGGCCUGAACGCUACAUAUUAAGUUAUAGUCAUAAUGCCAUGGACAUACUGGAAACAGGGAGUCCAUCUUAAGGGACAAACAUUUGACUGAAUUGAAGUUUACAUGAUGUGUUCUACAUAAUAUAGAAAUAACUGGUAAAUAUUCCCUUGGACCACAUAGUAGGCACAGGGAAGGUAAUUUAAAUAAUCUGUGGAACAUUCAGACCUCAAGUUGUGUAUGUGGCCACAGUAAAAAUCCCUCAAUCAACACUACUCGCAGUUUAAUAUUUAGUUUAUAAUUCAUUGUAAUAAUGAGAUAAUGUUAUUUUAUAUUGACAGGUAUGUUAAUUACAGUCAUCUUAAAGAUGGCUGCCCCCUGCUGGACAAAAAAUGAUAUACAAUCGAGUUUCCCAAUAAAUCCAGAUGAAAAAGAAGUUUCAUAUCAGUACAAGAUCUUACCCUUAGUAAAACUGUUCAGUAUUUAACAUCGACUUUAACUCUGACCUUUGACCUUUAAAGUGUAGUUUUAUGAGAAAGUUUCAACUCUGAACAAACCUUCCUGCUUUUAUUCCAUUGUUUACAUUCUAUCAAACAUUUUACUCCUCCUUUUUAGAGAUUUUCCAAAGUAAAAGCCUUGCAUUUGUACCUUAAAAUGACUUCCUUUCCAAAUAUUUGUGCUGCUGUAAAAACACAUUUUUGGGAAAAAUCUGACUACAAACAGGUUUUAGAUAUGAAAUUUGAAUGUCUUUAUAUUUACACAUUACACUGAAAACAAGAAAAUUCUGUUCUUUAUACUUUUUGCAGUUAAAUAAAUGUUCUAACAAAAGAGUGAAUAAGAGUUUAGUUUUUAUUUUAAGAAAUAUGUCAUUUCUCUGGAAAUGGGGUUCAUACUGUUGUUUCAUUGCUUUGACUCAACAGAUAUUAUGUCUCAUCAGGGCAAUUAACACUGUCUUUAAACUCACCUCUGCAGAUGUGUGUUGUUUUAUAAUGAUGAAGUCAACUCGAGCAGAACAUUCUUUAAACUAAAGCCUCUUCAUUACCAGA